AGGACUACAUCUCCCGGGAUGCUCCACGGGCCCUCCGCGGAUGGUCGUGAAUAUGUAUCAGAAUGUUAAUGAUUAGCUGCUGCUAAAUUUGGUCAAAGAAGUCACCUACACAGAGCGCGUUGUUAGAGCCGUUCCGAGCGGGCGUUCGGCUGUUGGCUGCCUUCUUCCCCCUCUUACACACUCGUGUAUUAUUUUGAGGUGGUGUUCGCAGAGUUUGAAAGAGAAUUUUAAAAAGCCGCAAGCGUUUCGCUCUUUUAUUUUUAUAAUCCCCUUCAAUUUGGGGCUAAAAAAACAGGAAGGAAGAAAAGGAAAUGAAAUGUGGUAAAAGAAGCUAAAAGGUGCCUUUUAAAAGAUCGUUGCUGUGAAGUGAAAAAUCUCCAGAGAACCCCCAAGCGCCGCGAGACCUCUUCCGAACCAAAGGAGUUUGCGCUCGCUCUCAGGGAAGAAGCGACCAUUCAUUCCGAGGAAUAGCAGCCAAUUAAAAGACAAAUAAAAAAAGUUUGGAGUGGGGCGCGAGCGAGCGAGCGGGCGGGCGGCGCUCGGCGGGCGCGGGGCUCGGCGGGCGCAGGACGGACGGUGCCCGCCGCCUUCAGUGACGCCCGCGGGGAAUGCGGAGCCGGCCGCCCGCGCCCAGCCGCUGCGCCUGCCUGCCGCCCGCGUCACGCGAGACCCGCAGGCCCGGGACGCCGCCGCGGGGCCCUCGAAGCGGAUGAGCCGCGCGCCUCUGCCCGGCGCAGCCAACUAAAGCGGCGUGGAUGAUUCGCGACCUGAGCAAGAUGUACCCGCAGACGCGCCACCCGGCACCGCAUCAGCCUGCUCAACCCUUCAAAUUUACAAUUUCCGAAUCCUGUGAUCGGAUUAAGGAAGAGUUUCAGUUUUUACAGGCUCAAUAUCACAGUCUGAAGCUGGAAUGUGAGAAACUCGCCAGUGAGAAGACAGAGAUGCAGCGGCAUUAUGUCAUGUAUUAUGAAAUGUCCUAUGGGCUGAACAUCGAAAUGCACAAGCAGGCAGAGAUUGUGAAACGACUAAAUGCUAUCUGUGCACAGGUCAUUCCUUUCCUGUCCCAAGAGCACCAGCAACAAGUGGUGCAGGCUGUGGAACGGGCCAAGCAGGUGACCAUGGCAGAACUGAACGCCAUCAUUGGGCAGCAACAACUCCAAGCUCAGCAUUUAUCACAUGGACAUGGUCUGCCUGUGCCUCUGACACCACACCCUUCAGGGCUUCAGCCCCCAGCCAUUCCACCCAUUGGUAGCAGUGCAGGACUUCUAGCCCUCUCCAGUGCACUAGGAGGUCAAUCUCACCUCCCAAUUAAGGAUGAGAAAAAGCACCAUGACAAUGAUCACCAAAGAGACAGAGACUCCAUCAAGCACUCACCAUAUAUGCAGUCAGAGGCAAGGCUGGCACAGACCCUGAAAGAAGACCUGCACCCUAGAUUGGUGGAGUUGCAGCAAAGAAAGAGCUCUUCGGUAUCCCCAUCAGCUAGUUUCCGAGGUUCUGAGAAACACAGGAACUCUACAGACUAUUCUUCAGAGAGCAAAAAACAGAAAACAGAAGAAAAGGAAAUUGCAGCUCGCUAUGACAGUGAUGGUGAGAAGAGUGAUGACAACUUAGUAGUUGAUGUGUCCAAUGAGGAUCCAUCAUCUCCUCGAGGAAGCCCAGCACACUCCCCUAGAGAGAAUGGCCUGGACAAGACACGCCUCCUGAAGAAAGAUGCCCCCAUCAGCCCUGCCUCUGUUGCAUCUUCCAGCAGUACUCCUUCCUCCAAAUCCAAAGAGCUUAGCCUUAAUGAAAAAUCUACUACUCCCGUUUCAAAGUCCAAUACUCCUACUCCGCGAACUGAUGCACCUACCCCUGGCAGUAACUCUACUCCCGGAUUGAGGCCUGUACCUGGAAAGCCACCAGGUGUGGACCCCUUAGCAUCGAGCCUAAGGACACCCAUGGCUGUACCUUGUCCAUAUCCAACCCCCUUUGGGAUUGUGCCCCAUGCUGGGAUGAAUGGGGAGCUGACCAGCCCUGGAGCUGCUUAUGCUGGGCUACACAACAUCUCCCCCCAGAUGAGUGCAGCUGCAGCAGCCGCCGCAGCUGCAGCAGCCUAUGGAAGAUCACCUGUGGUGGGAUUUGAUCCACACCAUCAUAUGCGUGGUGUGCCAGCAAUACCUCCAAACUUGACAGGCAUUCCAGGAGGAAAACCAGCAUACUCCUUUCAUGUUAGUGCCGAUGGCCAGAUGCAGCCUGUCCCCUUUCCCCCUGAUGCCCUCAUUGGACCCGGGAUUCCUCGACAUGCUCGGCAGAUCAACACCCUCAACCAUGGGGAGGUGGUGUGUGCAGUGACCAUCAGCAAUCCCACAAGGCACGUGUACACAGGUGGCAAGGGCUGUGUAAAGGUCUGGGACAUCAGCCAUCCUGGCAACAAGAGCCCAGUCUCCCAACUGGACUGCCUGAACAGGGAUAACUACAUCCGUUCCUGCAGAUUGCUCCCUGAUGGUCGCACCUUAAUUGUUGGAGGGGAAGCUAGUACACUGUCCAUCUGGGACCUGGCAGCUCCAACCCCACGCAUCAAGGCAGAGCUGACAUCCUCAGCCCCUGCCUGCUAUGCUCUGGCCAUCAGCCCUGACUCCAAGGUCUGCUUCUCAUGCUGUAGUGAUGGCAACAUCGCAGUGUGGGAUCUGCACAACCAGACUCUGGUGAGGCAAUUCCAGGGCCACACAGAUGGAGCCAGUUGUAUUGACAUUUCCAAUGAUGGUACCAAGCUCUGGACAGGUGGAUUAGACAAUACUGUGAGAUCCUGGGACCUGCGUGAAGGGCGUCAGCUGCAACAGCAUGACUUCACCUCUCAGAUCUUUUCUUUGGGCUAUUGCCCAACUGGAGAGUGGCUUGCAGUGGGGAUGGAGAAUAGCAAUGUGGAAGUGUUGCAUGUCACCAAGCCUGACAAAUACCAGUUGCAUCUUCAUGAGAGCUGUGUGCUGUCACUGAAGUUUGCCCACUGUGGCAAAUGGUUUGUGAGCACUGGAAAGGACAACCUUCUGAAUGCUUGGAGGACACCUUACGGGGCCAGCAUAUUCCAGUCCAAAGAAUCCUCAUCGGUGCUUAGCUGUGAUAUCUCUGUGGAUGACAAGUAUAUUGUCACUGGCUCUGGGGACAAGAAGGCUACGGUUUAUGAAGUUAUUUAUUAAGGACAAAUCUUCGUGCAAACUGGACUCCUCCUUGUAGCACUUUGCGCUGUUGUACUUUUUUUUUUCCACCCCCUCUCCCACAUCUAAAACCAAGGAUUUCCAAUACUCAUUGCAGUUGUGGAGUUUAAUCCCUUUCCAAAGCCCCACUUCCUCUUUGCUAUUGAAUUGUGAAUACUCAUUUAAGAACCUGUGAUACCAAAUCUUCAGCUAUCGACUUGGAAGAACAUGGAAUACCUAACAGUGAAUGGAAUCUUUAAUUAUGUAUUAUAUCUGUAAUAUAUUUAUUUUGUUUAAAGAAGGCUUUCUAACAAUGACUGACUAAAUAAAGCUGUCCGCUCCUGCAUUGAUAAUGAAGGCGCAUUGUAUUUGAUGCUCCACCCCCUCGCUUUUGGUAAGGGAAGGGAAAGGAAGGUUUAAAAUAACGGAUUAAAAAUGUCACUAAAUGUAGACUAUUGACUGUAUAAAGACAUGAAAUGUAUAAUUACACAUGGAAGCAAUAUGUUGCUGUAUUGUUAUGAGGUUGUUUUGUUUUCUACUUAUAUUAAAAACACUUGGAAAUUUGGCUGAAUAAGUAGAAUAUGACAAGCCAAGUACUAUUUCUUGGAGUCUUUUUGGGCAUCUUUAACCAAUAUGUCUAUAACUUUAGGUUAUAUUAAAAAAUAAUUGGAUGUUUUUCUUUCUUUUUUUUACUUGUUGACAAGUAUCUUUGUAAUAUGUUUUUAAUUCCCUUUUUUUAUUGUAUUAUAGACGGAUAAAGAAAUUAAAUUGGGCCUCAAAGAGAGAACUUAACUUCUUCCAAAUAUUUUUGCCAAAUUUACUGGCAAAGGGAGCUGUGUGUCUCUGGGCAGUUGUGUCGCUGUGAGCCAUGGCGGGCUGUUUUGUGGCAUGCUCUUUAGGAGCUGCAGGUGCAGGAGUGCUGUCUGCCUACCGCUGUGCAAGGCAAGUCUUUCACAAAAAGAGGCCCACAGAGGAGGCUUUACAGAGCCCUCCUCUGAAGGCCACAAAGAAGAGACUCUCCUGGGAUGACGACUUGCUUUCUUUACCUCUGAUUCUUUCCAUGUCUUAGUUGGAUGUCCCUAAAAUGGACACAGGCUGUGCCAUUGUGCCAGAAACAUUGUGUUAUCUUUUAUGUUGUUGUUGUUGCUGUUAAACUAUAACAUGUGACUCCUUUUUUAUUAUUAUUUUUUGUUUGAAUGCUUUAAAAAGAUCUUUUAAGUCUGUGGAUCUGCUGAUGUACAGUGCCUUUGCUGCUAUGGAUCAAAAUCAAAAGAACUGUGUAGAUAAACUUUAUUGUAUAAGUAGAAAAUCAUUUAAUUUCAUACUAGCAAUGGAUGGAUGCUGCAAGUUGAAAUGGACUGUCAUUGACGUUCUUCGUGUGGUAGCAAAACAUGGUGUCUUAAGUGCUUAGUGUUUGAUGUCAUUAACAGUUUCAUAAAACUCUACAGUGUAGAAAGAUUUUGAUACUAAACUGUGCAUUGUACAUAGUUCUAACGCAUUGUAUUGGCCACCAGUACUUCUAUGAUGGUAGAUUGUUUGUGCAUUCAGACUUUUAAGCAUUAAACAUACAUAACUUCUA